GAGGUAGUUGUCAAAGAGAUUGUAGUCAUUCUUGACUGAUGAAUUUCUUUCUUUCUUUCUUUCUUUUAGAAAACUGGUGAGUUUGCAGGACUGAAUGUUUUUUCCAGUCACUGUGUGAGCACGUGUGUCUCACCUAUGGGAACAGAUUUUGCCACUGCGUAUUUCUUUGUGGACAAUGACCAUCAAACAUUUCUCAAUUGAAUACGAUGCCAUCAACAGCGAAAACACCUUCACACACGGAGAUACUAUUAAUGGAAGAAUCAUCUUGGAGGCUUCUAAGGAAACUAAAAUCCAAUCGCUUAUAUUUUUAGCACAAGGAAGAGCUGAGGUUCGCUGGGAUGAACAUUACGAUCAAAAUCAUUAUGUGUACUGGUCUGAUGAGCAAUAUUAUGAUGUCAAACAUCAUAUCUUGAGAGAGGCAAGACGCGAUGGCACUGAAGUCAUUGGUAAAGGAAGACAUGCAUUUCCUUUUUCCUUCAAGAUUCCUGACAGAAAAAUCCCAUCAUCCUUCAAAUCCUCCAUAGGUAAAAUUGUUCAUAAGGUGAAGGCAGAGCUAAAACAAGCAAUGAAGAUAACAAAAACGGCCAAAGCCCACUUCACAUUUGUGUCCAAAGCAGACAUGGAUAUUCCCGGACUUCUGGAACCUCAGUAUGGUUGCAAGGAUAAAUCUGUCAGAUUUUUUGGCUCUGGAACCAUUUCAAUGGAUGUUCACACCAAGCGGAUGGGAUACAAGCAAGGUGAGGCUCUCAAAGUCACAGCUGAAAUCAGCAACCAUUCAACUCGUUCAGUGAAGCCUAAAUUCAUUCUGUACGAGAAGAGGAGUUUCUUCGCCCAGGGUCACAGGAGAGUUCACACACAAAAGAUCCUUAAGGAAAAGGUUGAGGCUGUUGCAUCAUCUAGCAAAGAGACUGUGACCAGGGUGAUCCCCAUCCCCAGGGAACUACCUCCCUCCAUCUUAAACUGUUCCAUCAUCAAGCUGGAGUACAGGCUGAAGAUCCAUCUGGAUAUCAAAUGUGCUUCAGACCCAGAGAUCAAACUCCCUAUAGUCGUCCUACCUGCCUUUGAGGCUCCUGCUAUGAAACAGCUACCACCUUCUGCUGCUGUUGUCUUUGAAGAAUUUGGGAACCCAAGCCAAACACCCUGGAGCACAGCACCACAACAACAAGCAGCACACCAAUCUGUGGAUGACCCACCUCCCUAUGCAGCAUUUGCAUUGUACCCCUCCAUUACUGAUUCUAAGAGGACUGCACUGUAAAUACCUGCCAUAAAUGAGUACCCCACCAGUUUAGCAUUGCACUCCUAUAACAUUGACAGGCUCAUGAUCGACGGUUAAAAAAAAGUUUAAAAAUCCACGCAGAAAAACCAGAUAUGUCUUUUUAUUCCAUGUGUUCUUCUUGUCAAAAUCUGGCACCUGCAUGACCCAGCACUUUGGUUGUGGGUGUGUUGUGUUCUGCAUAAUGACAAUAAAGUUGAAUCUAAUCUACUCUAAUGUAGCCCCAAGCAGCUAGACUCAAGCAGAGAUGAGGAGCUGGCUACAGACCACACCUUCUGAUUUUUAAAAAUACAUUUACUGUCCAAACCAACACUGCCUCAAGUGACAUCAUGUGAGACACUUUAUCAGAUUUCAUGCAGCUCUGUCUGGAGCCAUAAAAGACUUUAUACAUAUGCAGCAGGCAUUGCUCCCCAAGACCUGUGAACAAACUUUGAUGUGAUCGGCGGUGUUCCCCUUUCCAUCCACACAUUCCCCUUGCUGUCUUAAAACUAAACAUUAUGGCAACACAUCACAGCUGCAUCCUAGCAGCAAGAAAUACAAUGCUUGUUUGGUAGCAAACUCUUAUAUACUGUUUGUGUUGUAUCCAUUUUUUUGUUCAUGUAAAAUAGUCUAUAAAGUAGCUUGUAAUAUAUGAAGUAGUUGUAGGUCAUUGUAAAUAACUGGACAUACUUCUUAUUGAGUGUGUUCAAUGUUAAAUAGUUGAGAAUCAAAGCUUCACAUGAGUAAGUUGUACAGAUUAUAUAAAUCAACCUGAAAUUGUAAAAUAAUUUAAGACACAUUCUGAAAUGUAAUUGUUUUCAUUCUUUUUUAGCUUUGACUAAAUUCAUUUAAGCAUUUUAUUUUAAAAUGUUUUCACUCUUCACUUUGUUUCAUGUCUCAUAUUAUGUAUGUCAGUGUAUUUUCAUUACAGUGCCAUUUACUGAUUGUAGCAAAACCAGAGGUCUGGUAAGCUGCUUUUUUAUACUAAAACUACCUGUUGUCAUUAUUUUAUGAAUGUCGAAACAUCUUCUAGGAAAUAUACUCUAAAUGCUCCUUAAUGUCUAAUCCUGACAAUUAAAUGUUAUGUAUUAUUCAAUUUUAUUGAUUUACACCCAUGGCCACAGCCAUGAUCACAGCCAUCUUUAAAACCUGGAGCAAGAGCUGCUAUAUAAGAGAGGUCAAAUUGGACACUACUAUCACCCCAUCAUGUCAGAGGGGAGCUUCAUGCUUUUCUUAGAUAUUUUGGUCCUUAAUUUACAUUAUAUAAAGUAUUUUUGUUUUGGAUAAUUUUAAGUAAAUUUAUGUUUACUGUUUUGAAUAAGUGUUUGGUUGAAUUGUGUUGUUAUUGGCUGUGUAAUUUGUAAUGUUCCAUUGUUAGUCUCCCCUGUUUGUCAAACCUGGUCUGAGAAUAUAAAUCCACUUUGUUUCUUUUGUUGUAGGUCAGCUGUAUGUUGAAUUUGUUAUGUUCAGAGUGUUAGUUAUGGGUUGGUUGUUUGACCUUUUUAACUGGCCCAAACUUUAGCUUCAUUUUGUUGUAACUAAUUUUUGGGGAAAUAAAAGCCCUCCGCUUGAAACUUA